AUGCCUUAUCAUGAUGAGGAGUAUCCAGGUCAGCCUCUCUGGCAGUCUGUGCUGCUCUUCUGCUGUAAGGGUAUGAUUGAGGGCAUCAUGGUCAUACUCUUCUUCUGGCUCCUGGUGCAGGUUCUCUUUACCAAACAACUAGAAGUUCACCUCCAAAUUCUUCUUUUGGUUGGACUGAUCACCUUCUGUCUCUGUUUGGUCCUGGGAUGUAUUAUAUGCUGCAGGAAAAGUCAGAUUUGUCCAGUGAAAGACAAAGAUCCUGUGACAUCAGCACCAGCUCCUGCUGAACCUGUGACCUUUGCCCAGAGCCCAUCUCCCUCGGCAGUGACAACAGCAUCCAGGCCACAAUAUGAAGAGCUGGAUGGAGAUAUACUGGAGUAUCCCUCCACAUUCGCGAGCCCUGCCCCUUCUGAGUUUGAAUUUACCUCUCUACCAUUUUCAAAUCAAGCUCAAGCUGCCUUUGAACGGAAAGAGCAGCCAAAGUCUUAUUUUUCUUUGCGCCGACUCAGCACACCGCCACUAACGUCACCCCUUUAUAAACCCAUAGAUCCCACUCAUGCAUCUCUUCCUACAUUUCCCAAACUGGGACUAUUGUCCAAAACAUGUAAGGCUCUGCAGAGGCGCUGCACCGUCACUGGGGAUAGUGCAUCUUAUAGUGAACACAGCAGGCUCACCAGCCCCGGCGCUGUCUCUCCUUCUAUGCCUGAAGAACAAAUCCCAUUAGCUCCACUGAGCUAUGGCUCCAGUGCCACCUGCAAACAGCCAAUAUCACCAAAACCUUGCCUCCAUUUCACUAUGGCCUUCUCUCCAGAGCAGCAAACCCUGACAGUCACCGUCCUCAGCCUCAGUGGGACGUCUCAUAGAUUGGAGAACGUGUCUGUGCUGGGCAGCUUGCCACCUCUGUACCCCUGUCCCAUACAAGCCUCCGUCAAGACAAGCCUCAGCCCUGAGGCACACAGCCUGGUGCUGCUUCUGAAGGUGUGCUCUGUGGAAGAGCUCCAGAGGUGCACUUUCAGAACAGCUGUAUACACUCGGGAAGCACACAGCCUGAGAGGCACCGUACUGGGGGAACUGGAGGCUGAAUGUGGAGGAAAAGACUGGAGAGCAGAGCAUCCAUUGCACUUCACAAAAGAACUGAACACAAACAGGAGGAAACUAAAAAAGAGUUUGAUCUCCCAGAAUGCACCGAUGUGUAAGGGGCUUAGCGGCCCUCCACAGAUCUUCAUUUUGCUUCUGUAUCAGACUCCGGCCCACCGCAUCAAAACCUCGGUCCUCAGAGCAGACAACCUAGACAAGCUCAUCCACACGUCAGCAGCACCGGAUAUAAAAACAGAACUAAACUAA